AUGGGCGCAUUCACUUGGAAGUCAGUACUCCUUCCGCCUAUCUUCGCCCUUGCUCUCUACGCCUUGACAACCUACCUCGUCCUCCCUUACUACCGCCACCUCCGCGCGCGCUCCUCCUACAGCCUGCUACCUUCCUCUCAAUCAUCUUCCAACAAUCCAUCCCUCACCACCCGCCUCCUCUCUCGCAUUCAAGCCCUUGUCGGCCGCUCAAAGCGACGCGCCAGCUCGAAUAGCUUGCUCGGCGAUGAAGAGCUAGAAGAAGGAUUCGACAAUCUCUCCGACGAGGUGAUUCGAGGAAGAGAUGAUGUGGCUGUGGACUCGGAUACGGAGGGUGACAGGAGAUUAAGUCGUGAGUUGGAGGGGGGGUUUCGAGAUUCGAGUGAUGAGGAUGAUGACGAUAGAGGACGGGGGAGAAGAUGA